GUUUCUUGCACUCUAUUCAAAAUAUUUUAUCAAUUUCGCAGAUUGUGUUAAGCUUUUAAAAAACUGCCCUAAAUAUGACGUCAUCAGCCCCAGCAACGAGCCGAAAAAACCCGAAAAAUCUUUUCGUCAUUUCCGCUCUUAUGCUCGUUCUCCUCGUUGCCAUGACUCCGGAUGUUGAAGCCAGGAGCUCCGUGAGGAUCAAAAGAUGCGGAAGCCACUCAAAGAGGUUCACACAACUCGUGUGCAAUUAUUCAAAGUUCGACUUCACCUUCAGAUUCGACCAAGAAAAUUUAAUUCGCCGGAUGCCGCUACCCAGCAAACAUAUUUACCCGUUUCAAUACCAAGCCGGUAAAUGCUGCAAGAUCGGCUGCUCCAUCAGGGAAUAUAGGUGGAUGUGUUCGUACCACCGACUUAUCAGCAAAUGCAUGAGGAUCGCCCACCCGAAAUCGACCAAGUUCCGAAGGUGUCGCAGCCGUGCUACACGAAACCUAGUAUGGCCAUGGAAAUUGUAAAGUUACAAUCCUGGAGAUACUACGAGAGUCGAGACAAUAAAUAUCACUGUGCACAAGGCGUUACAUAUACUUUGUUAAUAUGAUGCUGCUGUAUUGGAGUAAUUACUUAAAACUGAACCUAUUAUUUCAGAGGAUUUCAAUUUUUCUUCGGGUUUUACUUUUGUUCCAGUAUUUAUAUGAUUUCUAUUUAUAUGCGUCAUCGUUUCAAGUGUUUAUACACACAACGUUUCAGUUUCCCGCUUACAUUUUUUAUUGUAUAAAAUGUAAAAAGUUGAAUAAAAUACUCAAAACUUA